AAACGGUAAUGUUAACCGGGUCACUUGAUUAAGUCCUCCGCCAGAGAAGCCUCUAAUGUCGUCUAAACGAAAGAAACUUCAGAGUACCUCUACAAGUUUUCCUUCGGGAGUGUUGGACCAGACGUCACCUCUGGCGGUAAACUUUUAUCCUCUGAUGUGACCGGAUGACACUGCUAAUCUGGGCCAGUCCCGUUACCGUUGGGCUACUUGGGAGAUACACUUAACAGUUCAAUGCAUACGCUAACGUCAAACGGAUCCAUAAUGGACUUGGACUCGGAGUUGGUGAAAAUUAAAGCACACUACUGUGGGGACAUGCUGAUCACAGACUUGGCAGCCACAGUAACCUUCGUGGAGUUAUGUGAGGAAGUAAGGACAAUGUGCAGUGUUGCCAAGCAGCAGCCCAUCACACUCAAGUGGAUCGAUGAUGAAGGGGACCCUUGUACCAUCUCAUCUCAGAUGGAGCUGGAGGAGGCGUUUCGUAUUUACAUCCGAACAAAAAGGUCCAGACUACAGCUGCAUGUAUUCCCCAGCAUCCCGGAGCAGCCUGGCAUGCCCUGCCCAGGAGAGGACAAAUCGAUCUAUCGCCGCGGGGCCAGAAGAUGGAGGAAACUCUACCGAGUCAACGGGCACCUCUUCCAGGCCAAGCGCUUUAACAGGAAAGCCUACUGUGGCCACUGUAGUGAAAGGAUAUGGGGGCUGGGCAGCCAGGGCUACAAGUGUAUCAACUGCAAACUGCUGGUCCAUAAGCGCUGUCACAGACUCAUCCCUCAGACCUGCCAAAGGCUUAUGGAUCCAGUCAUGCCAUCGCAGGAGCCCCCUUCAGAUGCCAAGAGUAAGGAGGUGGACCUUCCACCGGAUGACGCAGAGGACACAGAUGGGAUAUCUUUUUUACCGCACAACUGUACAGUGGAUAAAACAGAAGAUGGAGAUACGGAGGACAUCAAAGCCGUCGUGGAUGGCAUUGAUGGCAUCAAGCUGUCGCCAGGCCUGGCCCUUGGGCUGGGUGACUUUGACCUGAUCCGAGUGAUCGGGCGUGGCAGCUAUGCCAAAGUCCUUCUGGUUCGGCUAAAGAAGAAUGAGCAGGUGUAUGCCAUGAAGGUGGUGAAAAAGGAGCUGGUCCAUGAUGAUGAGGAUAUUGACUGGGUGCAGACAGAGAAGCAUGUGUUUGAGCAGGCAUCUACCAAUCCAUUCUUAGUAGGUCUCCACUCCUGCUUCCAGACAGAAAGUCGGUUAUUUCUGGUGAUUGAAUAUGUAAACGGCGGGGACUUGAUGUUUCAUAUGCAGCGACAAAGGAAGCUCCCGGAAGAACAUGCAAGAUUUUAUGCUGCUGAAAUCUGCAUUGCUCUAAACUUCCUGCAUGAAAAGGGCAUCAUCUACCGCGAUCUGAAGCUGGACAAUGUUCUCUUGGACCAUGAAGGACACAUCAAGCUCACAGACUAUGGCAUGUGCAAAGAGGGUAUCAGACCAGGUGACACCACUAGUACAUUCUGUGGAACACCCAACUACAUUGCACCUGAGAUCCUUCGAGGAGAGGACUAUGGCUUCAGUGUGGACUGGUGGGCUUUGGGUGUGCUGAUGUUUGAGAUGAUGGCUGGGAGGUCCCCAUUUGACAUCAUCACCGACAAUCCUGACAUGAACACAGAGGAGUACCUCUUUCAAGUUAUUCUUGAGAAGCCUAUUCGCAUCCCAAGGUCUCUGUCAGUGAAAGCUGCCAGCGUGCUCAAGGGCUUUCUAAACAAGGAUCCUAAGGAGCGGCUAGGUUGCCAGGUCCAGACGGGCUUCACAGAUAUCAAGUCACACACAUUUUUCCGCAGUAUAGACUGGGAUCAGCUGGAGAAGAAAGAGGUGACGCCACCCUUCAAACCUCAAAUCUCUGAUGACUACGGCCUCGAAAACUUUGACACGCAGUUUACUAAUGAACCAGUGCAGCUAACACCAGAUGAUGAGGACGUCAUCAAGAGAAUAGACCAGUCAGAGUUUGAGGGAUUUGAAUACAUCAACCCCCUGCUGCUAUCCACAGAAGAGUCUGUAUGAGGGAGAGACCAGCUUCCUCCUUCGCCCACCUACUGUUUGUCCAAGCUGCCGUCUCAGUCAAAAAAAAGCACUUGCGAGCCAACUCUGAAAGGCAAAGAGGAGCAGGAGGAAGAGAAAAGGACAACAGGGACGACGAACUCACCCUGGACCUGUCGACAUGAAAAGGCAAACAGGAGAGUUUCCUUUUUGAGAUUGUUUUGUUGGGGUACAAACUCUUCUUUCUUGGUAUGCACAAGGAAAACAAAGACACUGGACUUCAAGAACAUUCCCUGUCGUUACGUUGUCUUCCCCUUUUCCUUUCUUUUCUUUUUCUCCUUUGGCUUCAUUCUUUUCCCCCCUCAGAAUGUCCAUCCUCGUGUCAAAGCACGACCAGCUUUGUAAUUUCAACAGAGAGCUGUUUCAUUCUGUGCCUGCCGUCAUGAACACAGCCUGUCUCACAUCCCUGGAUAAAUAUGACAGUUCUACUGAAGAACUUGAAAUUUUAUGUGCCCUUUCUUUUUUUGUUAUUUCCUCUUAUUUCUUUUAUCUUGUGGGGGAAGAGGGUGUUGCCUCACGUGAAUCAAGAAUGUACAACGACAAAAUUUAAAAAAUUGUGUAUCAAAAUGUAGGUAGUGAAUCCAAAAUUGACGAUGCCUUUCUAUUGAUGCAAGUGGCACAUUUUCAUUUGUACCCACAAAUGUUUCUUUUUGUUAUCUUUUUUAAUUUUCACGAACAAUGGGGGGAAAAACAAGCCGGGAGAUUGCUUUUUAUUUAAGAAGUGCCUCAAAGAUCGUAUUAGUUACAAUGUCUCUGAUUGCACUUAAAUCUUAUUGAACACUACUUCACUCAAGGCUCGACUCUGCAGGGGUUGGUCCAAACUAUUUAAAUUUUGAGGGGAAUCAGUAUAUUUGGAGGACAUAAUUGAUUGUUUUGGCUUUUAAUGAAUUAAUUCAGAGAAUUGACUGGUACACAGAUUUAAGUAUAGCAUCCAAGCCAACAUCCAAAAUAUUACAACUAGUGGCGGCUCGAGGGUAAAGCCUGGUUUAUGUGAAGAGUGUGUCCUGGUUACCACAUUAUCAUUGUCACAGAUGGGGGUUGUGCAGCAGACAGCAUCCAUACAGUCCCGUAUUUGCGUUAAAACCUAGCAUUAAGGUGUAUAAAGGCCAUGGUGUACUCGCUGCCAGUCAGUCUGGCAGCUUUAGAAACACUUUAUAUCAGGAUUUGAGCUGAAAAACAAAGCAGCUCAUUGGCUCCAGCCUCCACAGUGUGUACAGGCUUGCUGGCGAGCUCACAUUCUUCCACAGCAGCUGCCACUGUGUGACCAUCUGCAGCCGGUCAAAAAGAUCACAUGACCGGUUGGUUGUGCUGUCUCGUGGAAAUGUCUCUCCAUUUCCAUUGUGGGCGCAUUGUGUGUUUCCAUCUCUGCAUUAAGGCUGGGUUUACAUAGUGUUAGAUUGUUCCCUUGGUUAUUAAACAUCCAAAUGAGAUGACAGCAAUAUGUUUUUGCAGACAAAUAGCAUUUUAAUGACAUUCAAAUGUAUUGGUAAUAUUGUUUUAUUUCUAAAAAGAAAUAAAACAAGGUGUCCAGAUAUCCAUCAAAAAUGCCUCUUUAGCCUCUGUGUGGGCGGCUGGGCGUACUUGUAUGCUAGACAGCUGUGCCAAUAGGGGCACAGAGACCCAAUGUAAACCAAUUUUCACUGGUGACUGUAGUGUACAAGCAAAGAACAGACAGUAUUUUGAUAGCAGUGGUGCUGAAGACAAAGAAACACACAUUUCAGUAUCAAGAAACCAGAAAACAUCAAAUAUGAAACUUCUCCUUGUCAGUCCCAGAACAGAUCUGCUGUUUAAAUUCAGCUGGACUUGAAGUGUGGGUCUUCAUCACAGGACUCAUCCUACAAUUUCACUUCAGUCAGAUGUUUUGUUCCUUUAUUUCUGCACAUGGAGAGUCACCAGUGCUUCUGAACUUAAUUUUAUGCUGGUACUCAAAACAAUUGAUUUUUGAUAUUUUUCCUAUGUGACCCAUUCAACUUACUUAAAUGGAAGAAAUACAAUUAUGUUUCAUGUAUAGGUUUCACAAUAGCUGUGGCUGACAGGUCAUCAUAGGUCAGAUGAACUGAAAGGGUGUUGCCCCUACAGACCAGGCCUGGAUUGAAAAACAGCUUUCACACUUCACUGGAUGUACUGAAGCAGCCAGGUACAUGGCUCGGGGUCCAGGAAGAAGGUGCUAUAAAACUGCCAAAUUAUACUCUCAGCAUCCUUGUGGCCACAUGACGUAAAUUUCACACCUAGCCCAUAUUUUUGCACACCUGUGCUGCUUGUCCUUUGUUUGUAAAGUCCACAUGCUCAUAUGUUUUUGACUGUAGGGAAAAUGCAGUACAAAACACGACCUUGGGUGCGUCUUAUUUAGACUACGUCUGCUCCCUUAGAAUAAAAAACAGGGCUGGUUAAUGACACUCAGUACUUUAAUGAGGCUGUUCAGACCUGAUACCUUCCAUCUUCAGUGAUCUGAUCACAAGCGAACAGCUCUAAAUCUACCAGCUCACACUUGCCAUCAACAUGUGUCUUGAGUGAACACUUGUGAUUGGAUCUUGCUUUCCUGCUGAAUAUGCAAAUAGACGUGCAAAUAGUCACAUACAUCACUUGGACAGAUGGACACAAUGUUUUUUUACACAAAGAAGGAAGAAGUUCAUGUUUAACAAUUGCUGAAUUUUAAAGACGGUCUAAAUAAUUAAGACUUUGUGGUAGAUAGUAUUUCACAAAGUUUACACAGCUUCUUCUGCAGCUCACAAGACUGAGAGAUUUUAAGGGGAGUUUGGGGACUUUCACCACAGGGACAAAGAAGUAACCUAUAUAGAUUACGGUUUAUGUAAAAUUGGACACGUGUACUGUCACUAAAAUGUUGUCUUCUCUCAUAAAUGAAGUGUAAAUAGUGAAAUCAGCGUGAACAGUGUGUUAAACAGCUGCUAAGUGUUGGCAGGUAAUACUAAGCACUUUAGACACAGAAUAGACAGACUGGUACAGACAAUGGUUUUAAGUUUCUUUGUCUAAGGGAGUCCAGGGAUAGUGCAGUUAAUUGUUCAAUGGUUGGACCAGUGUGUACUCUAUUCUGCCUUCUUUUGGUUUCACAAAGGAAGUCAGUUGAGUAGGCAGUCCUUCAGCAUGGGCCAGGACACGUGUGUACACUCUGCUGAAAGGACAGGUUCUCAGAACCGGCCCAGACCAACUCUGAAUGUAGUCUGAGUGAUGGGAUCUCAAAUUCAUCCUGGAAGUGUCUGGGUGCAUUCACACCUGUAUUAGAGCUGUUCACUUGAGAUCAGAUCACAUGGAUUUUUAUGCCAGGUCCAUGAGUGGCGACUGAAACAUAUAAGUAGCAUCGAUUAUUGUUAAAUUUCAUAUGUCAAGUUGGGAUCAAAUGCUUGAUCUCAUUUUUUUUUUUUUUUUUUAAUUUGGUCAGAUGUAAAUCAGUAAACUUUUCUGACUUCAGACAAUAUCUUCAUUAUUUAGACUUUAACAAAGUUUUGUUAUGUAACACUGAUGCAUAUGCAUUGAGCAGUUUUGUUCAAUGAAAAAAGGUUAAAACACUUAUAUUUUAUACAUUCUCCAAACUAAGGAAGCAGCAAGAAGUGCUGGGUAUCAUAUAAGCAUCAACAAUGAACUAUUUCAGUUAAUACACAGCCCUCAUCAAGAACUUAGUUUUUUGUCACUGUUAAUAUUCAGGAUGAGUGUGUAACCAGCACCAGUAAGCCAAACAGCUGCUCAGUGUAAAGCCAGCCCAACACAUGCUGGUCCGCUCUCUCACCUGUGUCUGCACUGGUAGGAUCCAUCAAAGGGUUUCUGGAUCAGAAUUUUCAGUUGCAAGAAGCCAUGGCCAUGUCUAUUUAUACAGAGAAGCUUUAGACUGUUUCUGCUUCAGACACUUCCAUCUUUAAACACAGCAAGAAACUUAUUAUAACCCAGUUUGGGGCCUUGUGUUGUUAAAAGGCUGCGAUCAAAUCAAGCACAUGCACAACACAUCUGUGAUAACUUGGAGCACUGAUUAAAGUUACCAACAGAAGACCCCGUCGCCUCUGAAGUGAGCUUUGACUUGAUCACUCUGUCUUUGCGAGGGAGCUCUCCAUUGGCUAAGAAUUAUUUGAUGAAAUCUGACCCGUGUUAAUUUGAUAACCACAUAAUAGGAUUAAUAAGUUGAUCCUCAGUCAGAGUCUCAAUUAGCUGUAGGGCCUUGUCAGGCAGCGAAGAAAAAGAUAGAGAGAGGAAAGAUAAGGAAGCAGUUCCACAGUCACCAAUUACUCCACCACAAUGAACACACACACAAACACACACACUUGAAGAAAUCAUAGAAAUCAUUCCAACACUCGAGGAGGCUUUCUCCUCCUAAACUCCAUCUCAUGUGCUGCAUAUUAUUCAUGUCAUGUUAUUUGAUGUACGUGCACACCAGGUUUUCUUGAGGGACCAAGGGAUGAACUGGGACUCCCUGAAGCCACAUUACAGAGCAGUGACGGCCAUUCAGACAUCUCAAAGAAAGAGUCUUGAUCUAAAAAUGAAUGAACCUUGUCCAUGAUUUUUCUCUGACAUAAUGCUGGUUGGAUACGCUUCAUUUUUGCUUCAUUGCAUCUUUGUAAAUAUGUGUAAUUAUUAAAAAUGAUACUGGUUUUCCGUGAA